GGAGAAAGAUGGCGCCCACACACGUACUGAGAUGCUGUCAACGGGGUUUAGCAUGGAUACCUGUAAUUUUUAUCGCCCUGGUCGUCUGCUGGUCGUAUUAUGCCUAUGUGGUGGAGCUUUGUAUAUUCACCAUACCAAGUAUAGCAGAGCAGAUUGUCUACCUGAUCUUCUUCCACCUCUCUUUCAUCAUGUUUGUAUGGUCUUACUGGAAGACCAUCUUCACCAAGCCUGCCAACCCUUCCAAAGAGUUCUGCCUGCCCAAGCCUGAGAAGGAACGUUAUGAGAAGGAGGAAAGGCCAGAAUCCCAGCAGGAGAUCCUGUGGAGAGCCGCCACCAGUCUGCCUCUGUACACCCGCACAGGAGCCGGAGCGAUCCGUUACUGCGACCGCUGUCAAGUUAUCAAGCCGGACCGAUGUCAUCACUGCUCCGCGUGUGACAUGUGCGUGCUAAAGAUGGACCACCAUUGCCCGUGGGUGAACAACUGUGUGGGAUUCUCCAACUACAAGUUUUUCAUCCUCUUCCUGGCCUACUCGCUGGUGUACUGUCUGUUCAUUGCAGCCACCGUGCUGCAGUAUUUCAUAAAGUUCUGGACAAAUGAUCUGCCAGACACUCACGCCAAAUUCCAUGUCUUGUUUCUUUUUUUUGUGGCGGCCAUGUUCUGCAUCAGUAUUCUGUCCCUGUUCAGCUACCACCUGUGGCUUGUAGGGAAGAACAGGUCCACUAUAGAGGCCUUCAGAGCACCAGUCUUCAGGACAGGCUCUGAUAAGAACGGCUUCUCUCUGGGUUUCCGGAAGAAUAUCGCUCAGGUCUUUGGAGACCAGAAGAAGUACUGGCUGCUACCUGUUUUCACCAGCCAGGGAGACGGUCUGACAUUCCCCACACGGCUGGUCAAUGCUGAUGCAGAGCAGGCCACAGUGAACCUGCAACCAGAGCCCAGUAAAAGUGCUGCCGACGUCCCUGCAAGCCCGCUCAGCGAGUCACAGAAUCGUCUCUUGAGCAACGACCAGCAUGCAAACAACAUUGGAGACCAUCUGGAUAAUAACACCCUCAAAUCAGCUGAAAGUGAAACCAUUACAAUCUCCAUGGAGAGCGAGUCCUAACCAGGUAAACCACUUCAGAGAAACUCCUCAGUCAUCUGAUACGAUGCCUUAAGCAACGCAGCAGUUUAGUUUGUCACCGUGGCAACAGUCUCCCAGUGCAACCCCAUCCCCACGGACCCAUUCAGAGUAACUAUGGAAAUGCGUUCCUUUUGCCCAUCACAGCACAGUAAUGCAUUAGCAUUUUUCGCAUGCAGUGUCGUAAGCAAAUCUCACACCAACCCGCAUAGGACAUAUGAUACAAGCUUGUUCCCUCAACAACACACACGCAUACAUGCUAACUGCCACACAUUCAGCUAUAUCCAUAUUUCCUCAUGCUGAUUAGUUUCCUUUUUCUCACCACUGGAGAAUUAAUUGAUGAUGCGAAAGUUAAAGAAUCAGAGCUGCUUUAAGGUUUUUUUUUAAAGAGAAAACUUUUUUUUGUGCCAAAAGCUUCCUGGGCGCCCUAGGACUCAAAUUAUGGGCACAAAAGCUGCAGUGAAGAGUUGGAGACAAGCUGGAACAGUGUGUUUGUUUUGAACAGUUCUCUUUCUUGUUUUUGUUUUUUUUUUAAAGCAGUACAUCCCGUGGAGAGAGAUAAGUUUACCCAGGUCUUUUAUUUUUAACUCAAAAUGUUGGAGUGUAUCUAAUGUCCGCACAUUUUUUUUUUUUUUGUUUGUUUGAGAUGGAUGUUUCCCCACCAAAACCCUGGACUAUAUUACAGAGGACUCUAUUGCAUUGUUCAGUGGACUGAAACAGUGCACAACAGGGAAGACUGUACCUGGGAUUUGGUUGGUGUUUUGGAUAUCAGAGCACAAGAUGGCGCAUUUGCACUUUGUAGAUUAUCAAUGUCCAUCAAACAACGUGCUGCUUUUUAAAUUUUUUUUUUUUUUUAUCAUGUCCAAAAAGCAUCCCAAGUAUAACAAAUGUUGGAUGAUCAUGUGAUUUAUGGCGUACUGUGUGUGUGUGUGUGUGUGUGUGUGUGUGUGUGUGUGUGUGUGUGUGUGUGUGUGUGUGUGAGAAUGUGCGUCCAACAGUUGAAGUGGCAGUCCUUUUUUCCUUUUUUUUUUUUUUUUUUUUUAAAGAACUAACACAAACUAAAAGAAUCAGCUUUAUGUGUUUUUGUGGCCAACUUGUGUUACAACAUGCUGCUUACAUACAGACAGUUUGACCUGGGAGAUGCAUCUGUACAAUGUGCAGCAUCCUUUGCUACCUGUUCUCUUGGAGUCAGUUAAUUAUGUCAUGUGAUCAGUGAUUCUUAGCCCAAAUUGUCUACAGUCUGUUGUUUUUUGUUUUUUUUUCUACAACUCAGUGCUUCAACCUUUACUAAGACACCAACACUCAUUGCCAAAUAAGGGCUGACCUGUCAGGAGCUCUGACCUCUGUACCUGAAGUGUUUACAACAUCCUAGCUUUAUCUUAACCUCACUGGCCAAUGUCAUCAUAACCAAAUUCUAUUUGCCAGACAUUGUGGCGCAAUAUUUUAUACAAGGUGUGUGUCCCGCCUGCCUGUAGUGGGUCAUGAUGUCCUUGCAAUACCAGUGCCGGCCGGCGGGUGGCGACAAGGCUCCUGUUAUCUGCCCUCAUUCAGAUGAAGAGUUUUCUGUAAUUUCUAAACAUCUGGCUCAAGGGCUCAAUUCACUUUCAGUCUAAUUUGAAGGUGCAACUUUAUUCAGAAUACAAUAUUUUUCAUAAAGUGUAAUUAAUAUUCAUUAUUUUCCUGUAAUAACUCAUCCAGAUUUAAUUCGAAACGAAAGUGAAUUGAACCCGGCUGAUUUACUGUAAAAAUGCAACUGUCAACUACAGCUUGUGCUCACCUCGCCUCCUCUGUAUGUGAUUCGGAAUCAGCUCAGUGUUGUGACCUUGAACUGUUUAAAGGAGCCGUAGCUUGUUGAUAACUUGACAGUGAAACGUCUCACGUCAGUGUUGGAACAUCUGGGGAUGUGACUCAGAUCUGCAAAGGAGGAAUAUUUAAUGUCCACUGCAUUAACCUUUGCAUAUCACAACGUGUGAAUAUCUGUUACAGAAUGGACUUCAGCAGUUUGUGGAAUUUAUGUCAUGUAUAUGCAACUUUCCGAUUCGCAUUGGAGGGAGACGCAGCGUAUUCCUGAUGUCUGUCAUUGCUUCUGUUUUUGUCUGAUCACAUCCCUGACUGCUGCUGGACGAGCCUCCUACCGGUUAGACCCCCGUCAAACCUCCGGUGAUGUACAAGUUUACAGCUGUUUCUAUCGUGUAAGAGUGAUUUAGUGGUGUCGUACGUUGUGUUUCUCGGUAGUCGUCGUCACAGUUGUGCUGAACGUAACCACAAGACGCGUCGGUGAAGGUAUUUGGUCCAACGACGGAGCGCUUAAGAACGGACCGCUCCUCGGACUUUAUGUUUACAUUUUAUCCUCCCAAUCAAGUUUGACCUUUUGAGCCCAAGUGUAUUUAUAAUUACUCUUGACGAACAGGUGAUUGGAGGAUAUUUGUUACCGUAUGGAUUAUGCUGGCAGGGUGGGCUUAAGUAUCAGAAUCACACUGUGGGUUGAUCUCAAAUUAGCAGGUGAAGUUACUGUCGGAGAUCACGAUCCAAGCCAAGGUUAUGUUUUGAUCAUGUGUAGAUCUUUUUCUAAACCUCACACUUAAACAUUUAAAGA